AUGUUCUAUCUAGCAUGUUGGUGGCCCGAUAGAAGCUCAUUCUGUUUGCUUUGCUGUACGGUGCUAUUCCUCAUAGAGUGUGUGCAGACGCAAGGAGACGCCAUAAGUAUCCAUUUGCUGGACGCGAAAAACAAGAUUGUCCUCAUCGUGACAGUGUACACAAAGGAAAAACUAGUAAUUCUGUAUGAAAUGCUGAAAGAAAGAAAUACUCGAUUUAGUUGUUUGACUUACGAAGGAUUUUUCCUUAACUCGAGCCAUACAUUUGAGGACUAUCGAAUUGAGAAGAAUAUUGAGAUAUUCAAAGUCGAAACUAAAACUUGUGAACAUCCGCUCAUACCAGAUGAGUAUCUUCGUAUAAGGUAUAAAGGUGUAACAACUUCAGCAGAAAUCCCAUUGUACCCUUCAGAAGCAGCUUUUGCACAAAAGAUUCUGUGGAUUGUUCUUCUAAUAGUGACUAUUGCUAUUGCAUCAUCAGCAACAUACUACAUGUAUGUGACAAGGAGAGGACGGCAAAUCGAGGAAGAGAAAAAAGAAAUCAGAGAAGGAAGAAGAAAGACAUCCUCGACUUCAUCUACAAGAAGUUUGUCAAGCAGAAGAGCACUGGCAAACGUUCUGCCGCCACCUGUCGACGUCCCUGAAGUCAUUAUUGUUGAACCCGAUAUUGCAAAGAUAGAGAGUGAGGAAGAAGUAUCAGAUACUGGUACAUCAUCAAGUGAAGCAAGGAAAAUCAGGAAAAUACCAACAGAUGUAAAUGUGGCAUAG